ACAGAAGUAGAAGUGAGCUAGAAAGAGUGCGGCCUUUGACCUAACACCGAAUUUCUAACAAUUAAUUGCAAACAUCUUUAUAUGAUACCAAGCAUGUCAAAUAAAAGUUAAUCUCUUUUUACGUUAUUGUUGUCUUAUCUUGCUUGCUUGUUCAUUAAUUUUUACAAUGCAAAUUUUCUAGUUAUUCGGAUGGGUUAGUCUAUUUUUUCGGCCAUUCAAACUAGAUGUGUUCCAAAUAUGUAUCGCUUUGAAGCAUGGAUCCGCAAUAAUUGCAUAAAAGUUACCAAACUAAAGUUGCAAUGGAUUCGCAAUUGAAAAACGGCCCCGAGAAAAAUAAUCUGGAAAAUGAAUCAGAAAAUAGUGCAUUUUUGGCAAAUGGUGAACAGUUUUCAGUGUCUCGACAAAUAAGUAUAAACCAAAAGGAUACGACUUGUGGUGUGUGGUGUUUAAAGGGCAAUUGCUUGCAGAAAUUUGCCAACAAAAAAGCUUACGUUAUACUGUAUGGCUUGCUUGGUUGCAUUUUCUCAGCCUCAUUUGCAUAUUUCAAUGGAACUAUAACAACUCUGGAAAAGAGAUUUAAAAUCCCCAGUCGCACAACAGGCAUUAUAUCGGUGGGAAAUGAUCUCAGUCAGUUACUUAUGUCUGUAAUACUCAGCUACUAUACAGGCCGAGGACAUAGGCCUAGAUGGAUGGCCUUAGGAAUGUAUACAGUAGUAUUAUUUUGCAUUAUGACAGCGUUACCUCAUUUUUUGUAUGGACCCGGAUUGGACGCUCUGUCGCUCACCAAAGAAUUUCAGCUCAACGAUAACUCCACAUCUGACUCUUUUUUGACCGAGCAAAGCAGCUUCUUGUGCAGCAGCAACCACAAGAACGACACGCAAUGCGAAGAGGAAGGCAGCAACUUCUCUCCUCAGCUCAUUCUCUUUGCAGCUCAAUUCAUAUCUGGAAUAGGAGGAUCGCUGUAUUACACUUUAGGAGUCUCCUACAUGGAUGACAACAUUAAGAGAUCAAAAACGCCCGCAUUAUUCAGUUUUUCAUACUUCAUAAGAAUGCUGGGCCCAGCAAUUGGACACGGCCUGGCCUCCAUAUGUCUAAAGGUGUACAUUUCACCAUCCCUGACCCCUACCAUAGAUACCAAAGAUCCAAGAUGGUUGGGCGCUUGGUGGUUGGGAUGGAUCAUUUUGGCUCUGAUUCUUUUUAUUUUUGCUUCCUUGCUCGCGUUUUUUCCCAAAACUCUACCCAGGGCGGCAAUCAGGAAAGAGAUCAAACGGCAAGCCUCCAGAAUAUCCAAUAAACCUAUGGAAGCGGAACCGGAGACUCUGCCCUCUUUUAAAGAUAUGAUCAAAACGUUCCGCAGAUUGGCAGCAAAUCGGACGUUGAUGCUCAAUAAUUUCGCAGCAGUGUUUUAUUUUCUCGGAUACAUGCCGUACUGGAUAUUCCUGCCUAAGUAUAUUGAGACUCAGUACAGACAGUCGGCGUCUGCUUCUAGUCUCAUAACUGGAAGCGCUGGAUUGGUUUUCUCAGCUAUUGGGAUUUUAAUAUCUGGCCUCAUCAUAUCGAAAUUUAAACCUAGAGCCAGAUAUUUGGCUGCCUGGAACGUUAUUGUAGGGGCCGUAUCGGUGAUGGGAAUCAUCUCAUACGCGUAUUUAGGAUGCGAAGAAAACGACAAUAGAGCCCCUGUUCUACCUAGUGGAGAACUGAAUCCAAUAUCCGACUGCAACUCCGAUUGUUAUUGCGAUUAUGUAAAAUACAACCCAGUUUGUUCUUCAGAUGGCACAAAGACGUUUGUUUCCGCUUGCCACGCCGGCUGUAAGAAACUUAUUGGCAUUAAUGGGACCGACGUAUUUGCUGACUGCUCCUGUUUAAGACAGGAGAAUAAACUGGUUGAAAAUCGGGUAAACGACAUCAACACGCCAAUAAACUGGGAUUUUGUGCGCCCUGGAAGCUGUUCUGUAGACUGUUUUUCGCAGUUUUACAUGUUUUUGUGUGUUGUGUGUCUUCUGAAAUUUAGUGGAGCCACUGGACGAGCAGCCAAUUUUUUGGUAACCGUUAGAUGCGUGGAGGAAAAAGAUAAGUCAGUCGCCAUGGGAUUUGGAUUGAUGCUAAUGAGUCUUUGUGCAUUUGUGCCCUCCCCAAUUUUAUUCGGAAUAAUCAUGGAUAAAGCUUGCUUAGUCUGGGGUAAAACAUGCACUGGCAAUGGGAACUGCUGGUUAUAUAAUGGCGAAAGUUUGAGGUACACCAUGAACUUUACUGCCGCAACUUUUGUUUUUAUUGGUACCUUAUUUGACGGCGGCGUCUGCUACUACGUGAAAAACUUACAGAUUUUCGAUGAGGAAAUCGAACUAGAAGAAGAUAUAGCCACGGCAAUUAAUUAAGCUGUUUUGAUGUUAGCUGUUAAGAAACGAUAGCAAAGCUACGAGAAUUUUUUUAAACCCAAACUAACAUUCAGUUUUGAAGCGUUUGAUUGUAAAAAAUUAUGGAAUUAAACGAAAAAUUGCAACAACA